AUGGUGAAUGUUUAUAUCGCCACGAUUCCUAGCUCACUGACAAGGCUUACAGCUCUGCAGAUCUUGGAGGUGAGGGGCUGCCAGUGGCUCUCCCAGGUGCCCUCUCGGAUGGAUAUGCUGGUGGGGCUGAAGACGCUGGUGCUGACGGAGUCUGAGGGUGCUGAAGCUGAACCGUGUUGGGGUGCGACACGGGCCUGCAGUGAGCAGCCGGUUGCCGUGCCGGGAGCAGGGGGAGCAGGGGGAGCAGGGGGGGCAGGGGGAGCAGGGGGAGCAGGGGGAGCAGGGGGAGCGGGGGGAGCGGGGGGAGCGGGGGGAGCAGGGGGAGCAGGGGGGGCAGGGGGAGCAGGGGGAGCGGGGGGAGGAGGGGGAGCAGGGGGGGCAGGGGGAGCAGGGGGAGCGGGGGGAGCGGGGGAAGCGGGGGAAGCAGGGGGAGCAGGGGGAGCAGGGGGGGCAGGGGGGGCAGGGGGUGCAGGUGCAGAAUUUGGAGACGCUGGAGAUGCGUUUGGAUUAUGGCAAGCUAGAGCUCCCAAUCCCCUUGACUUUUCUCCCCCGCCUGCGCAGCUUGCUGAUAGAUGCGCCUGA